AUGGAUAGACUCAUAUCCGUCUUCGUAAUCACCGUUGUUUUAUCUGUGGUGCACUGUCAGAAUGAUACAACGCCAACUACUACAGCGCCAUCAAAUACAACGAUAACUACUACACCGCCACCUAAAGUAGUUCCCUGGAAUGAGACAGACAUCUGCAGGAAGUGUAAAUGCAAAAAUGCAAAAGUUAAUUGUUUUGACAAAAGUCUUGACAAGUUCUUUGCUAAGGAGGAAUGGGCGAAUUUAAAAGAAUUCAAACCAACAAUUCUGGACCUUAGUGAAAACCAAUUCACUAAGGUGACACCACUCGCCGAGCUACCGGUCAAAGUGCUGAACCUAUCACGAUGCGCCAUCGAGACAAUUGAGAAUUCAAGUUUCAAGGACCUCCAGAAAAUGGAAGUUUUAGAUCUGAGUCACAAUAAAUUAACGAGGGACAAACUCAGUCCGCACGCUUUUGAGGGUCACUACGCGCCAGAAGAGUACAGACCCCUCGCAGCUAUGAGGACCCUGAACCUGGCCUACAACAACCUUCAUUCUCUCGACCAGAACGUCUUCGAACAUCUACCGGAGCUCACUGAACUAAACCUCAGCGGCAAUCCCCUGACGACAAUAGAUUAUGUAACGCUUAUUGCAGUUUCAAGUCUGCCAAUGUUGAAGGUUCUCAAAAUGAGGUCCUGCGGUCUCACCGAGAUACCAGAGAAGUUCCUCCACACCCCCCGGUUUCUGGAGCAUCUGGACAUCAGCGACAACAAGUUGACCUCCGUUCCCCAAGAACUUGAGGAGACCAAGAAUCUGCUGUACUUGAACUUGAACCAGAACCCCAUCGUCAAACUCGACAUGGCCUCUGAGGACUACCCUGGCUUUCCUCGUCUUCGCAAGCUUCAAGAACUUCACAUGUGCAACAUGAAAGCUCUGACCAGUAUCGGAGAAAGCGCCCUUGCAGGCUUGGAGAACUUGAAGAAGCUCCACUUAAGCUUUAACCGAAAGCUCAGAUACAUCGACCCAAAAGCUCUAGCUAGACCUGAUGAUGUCGGCGAGACUUACGACUGGCCAUUAAUUAAGGAGCUCUACCUCCAGUCCAACAACUUAUCCGAAGUGGACUCCCGCCUUGUGUCCCGCUGGGACCUUCUGGACAAGGUGGACGUCUCCAACAACCCGUUCCUCUGCGACUGCUCCACUCAAUGGAUGGUUGAUGUCCUGGUGCCCUUGGUGGAAUCUAAGGCGGUUAACGGUUCUGAGCUGAUGGUGUGCAAGGAGCCGAUUGAGAUGAAGGACCUAACCAUGAAGCACCUGCACAACAUCCACCGCACCAUGCGCUGCGUGGACAAGUACGGGAACCGGCCGGAGAGAGAUGGGGCCAUGCUGUUGGGAACACUUAUUGGUGUGUUAUUGGCCGUACCAAUUAUGUUCACCUUACUCCUCUUGUGGAGACGGGGUCUAUGCGCGUGGAUGGGGCUCCGGGGCCCUCAGGACGUCUCGAGGGCCUUCUACAAGAGAGCCCCCGCUGAGGACAACUAUAUAUAAAUUGAUUAUAUUUGUAUAAUUGUAAUGUUUAAUUGUACCUAUCUAAUAUAUUUCGUUUUUUUUUA